GAGCAGGACUUCUCCGUUGUCUUUCUGCAGCUGUUCGGAGCGAUCAACUGAGAGGAGUGCUUUAACCUUGGCUACCUAAGCGCGGCAAGCACAAGCGAAAGGAUUUUUGUUGCACUGCUGUCCACAGUGUUGCCACGAAGUUAACUGCAAGGAUAUCAGAGUCGACUUUACCUCCACGCAUAUGAGGCAGAGAUCAUUUUGCAAAAUUCCACCUUGAAACCCUGUCCGGUUAGCAAAACUCGAUUAUUUCUUGCGCCGUUGAUCCGUUUCAAAAAGUGAAGGAAGACUUUGGGGAUUCUGUGUUUGACACUAACCGUUUGGAGAAGAUACGCAGCUUUAUCACAUGGCUAUUUUUCAUAACUUCUUUCGCAUUGUCGUGCUUUUUUAGAUUCAUGUUUGGUCAUUGAAACCUCCAUUCAAUGUCUGCAAUAGUGCGUAAUGUUCUCAUUCGUACUUUAUAUUCAAGGUUAUUUUGGACUAUUUUGGCACUUGAUUUGCGCUGAGGAAAAAGGCUUAUUGUUUGCCAAAACAUUUUGGUCGUCUUAACACAAUGGACAUGGGCACAGUGGAACGGCAUUCAACAAAUGCAUGGACUCUGGAAAACUCAUCCUUCAAUGUCUUUGUCAAUGCAUCUCCACCCGUCCCUUACGCGGAACAAUCUGAAUCGUUUAACGAUGUUUUCAUAACAUCUUUAAUAGGGACGGUUCUAACUGGUAUGUGUUUGCUCGGCGUUGUUGGGAAUGUGUAUACCCUGGUCGUUAUGAACAUAUCUGUCCGAGUGACAGGAUCUAUGUAUGUCUACAUUGUCAACCUGGCUCUAGCGGAUCUUCUAUACCUCUUUACCAUUCCCUUCGUAGUUUGUACAUAUUUUGCAAAGGACUGGUACUUUGGGGACAUUGGAUGCCGGAUUGUUUUCAGUCUGGACUUCCUCACCAUGCACGCCAGCAUCUUUAUUCUGACAAUCAUGAGUACGGAGAGGUACCUGGCGGUCGUCAACCCGUUGGACACGUUCGGGAGAUCCAGAAGUUACCGGCGGAUGGUCACCUGUGUGGUGUGGGUAGUGUCGUUCCUGUUAGCAAUGCCUACUAUGAUUAUGAUAGACCUGAAAAGUACCGUCGACAAAAAGGGGGUUCUGAAACGAAUGUGCCACCCAACCUGGCAGAUUAGUGCCUACAAAGUUUACCUGACUGUUUUGUUUAACACCUGCAUCCUGGCUCCUGGACUCAUCAUUGGCUGUUUGUACCUGAAAUUAGCAAGAACCUACUGGGUGUCACAGACUACGGUUCUCACCUCUGAGGGUGUGACCAGUUGCCCCAAGCAGAAGGUACUUUACAUGAUCUUCAGUAUUGUUCUAACUUACUGGGCAUGCUUCUUACCCUUUUGGUUGUGGCAGUUACUCAGUAUAUACUACUUUGGAAAUGGAGAUCUCUCUCAUAGGACAAUGGUAUAUGUAAACUUCAUUGUGACCUGUUUGGCCUACAGUAAUAGUUGUAUCAACCCGUUUCUGUACACACUAUUGACAAAAAAUUAUCAGGAGUAUGUGCGGGAUCGGCAAAAGCGAGGAAUGGGAUUCAGACGGAAGUUCAGGCAUUCAUCGCAGAGGUCCGUGUCCUCAGCAAGUCAUCAGUUUACCAAUACUAUGACCCUCACUCCUCAAAAUGGCGAUCCAGAUGCACACAGCAAACUCUGAUAUAAUUAGCUUACAGCCAGGGUAGUCUAUUCCCUAUUGCUAUAUUGGCUUAUAAUUUGUGGUUUCUUAAUAUAUACAAUUGUGAAAUUGCUGCUGGAUGAAAAAAAAAUCUUAUCAGAGGUAUUUCAAUUUGAACACACAGAUCGAAGGUCUGCGGAUGAAGUGCAUUGGCUCAUACUGGUUGAGCAUAGAGAAUAUAUGAAAAUGUCAAGAACAAGUCUGAGAUGCUUUGGAGAAUAAGAUUAAAUUCUUAAAGAUUUUGUUUUUUAUUUGGAAUGUCUUUCACCCCCUGUCUCGUCAAGCUACGAUGGUAUGUUUUCCUGGCAAAAGAAGGAGAAGGGGAUAUAUUUCACAUGGUAUUUAUUUAUCUGUUGUGGUCUUGUACUCAGUGCUCUGCUCUGAAAAACGUGUAUUUUGUCAGUAGAAAUAAAAUUAAGAUUAAAUAUUGUCUAUUUAUGGCAUGAACAAAAGCUGUUUUGGAGACCAACACACAGACAACCUCAUCUUGCAGUAAAUGUGUAUUGUUUAUCUGAUUAUGUAUUCAACGAAAGAUCUUAAGAUUAUUGAUCUCUCCCUAAUUUUGUUGUUGCUAUCAAUAUUUUGAUUACUGUGGCGUUGUGUGAUAAUUAUCUGCUGUAUUUUAGGAGUGGUUUGAGAUCCAUUUCUCUUUAAUUCACUGAGAUAUUGUAGGAUUACAUCAGCCAAACAUUUAAGUGUUAAGUGUCAGAUUAGUAAAGAAAGUAGAGUAGGGGACGAAAAGUAUUUGGAUGAGUCACAACAUGGUAUGUGAUUACCUCUGUAAAGGUUUUGUGUAUUGUUGACAAAACACCAAAGUGGUUUCUUACCAUGCUUGUUACUGUAUGUGCAGUAUUUUCAAAAGACCUGUAAGAAUUCUGUACUUUGUUAUUUGCAUGCAUUUGUGUAACUCAGUUGUUUUGAUUGUACUCUCAGCAGAACAAAAAUAACAGAAUGUACAAAUCACUUAAUAAAUGUUUACACUAUUGCAGCACGAUA